AUGGAGGGAGUUUCUUCAAUGAGCAUGGCUGUAGUCCCUGGCCAAAGCCGGACCUACAAUACCAAUGUGGCGGAAGAGUCGACGCCUUGGGGCAAUAUGUCCGAAGAAAUGUUUUUUGCCAGUCUCCCCAAGUAUGAUAUGUUGCCGCUGGCUAAUUGGGAGAAUAAUCAUGUUGUUAUGUAUGCUCUGGUAAGUGUUGCGUAAUAAUAGACUACAUUUUUAUCUUCAGACGUCCUUUUCAAAGUUGUUUUCUGCAGUAAUAUACUGCGAACGGAGGGUGAACUUGGGGUUCCAAAUCCUGCCCUCAGGGCACACGAGUCUAAAAAUAAAAACAAAAUUUUUUUCAGUUGUACGCGGCGUUGUUUUUGGUUGGAGUAUGCGGGAAUAUCUCAGUAAUCACGUUGAUAAGACAUGUUCACACUGGGAUUACCAUGGACAACACCAUGGUAUAUGUGUUGUUCUUGUGUUGUGUGGACUUGGCCAGCAUCAUCCCUUUGCCCAUGGCCAUUGUCGACCAAUUACUCGGGUUUUGGAUGUUUGGUGAGUAGAUUGUAAAAUACAAACCUUAAUUAGCGGACAAGAAUUACCUAACAAUAAGAUAGUAUACAAUUAGUCGUCAUCUUCAGGUACGUUUUUCUGCAAAUUAUACCGUUGUUUGGAACAUGUCGGAAGGGCACUGUCAACCUUUGUUUUGGCGGCCAUGUCAUUUGACCGGUUCCUCCGAGUCUGUUAUCCCCAUAAGAAGAUAACCAGAUGCACCGUAUUCAAUCAGCUGUUCGUAUUAAGCGCCUUCACUUUCCUUUUAUUGUCACCAUUAAUUAUCAGAGCGAGUAGUGAGGAGAUUGUUCUAAAGGAAGUUUUACUGGAAAACCCUUACCGAUUGGCACGGGUUCGUAUCUACAAAUGUGUUGACCAUCUGGAGGGAACGCCUCUGGCGGUGUUUAUCAUGUAUAUGUUCUUGGUCGGGUUCUUCUUCCCUGUCGUCAUGAUCUUCUUUUUCUACGCAUUUAUGGUCAGAAGGUUGAUUGUAAGGUCACGGUCAAUCAAGACCUCGCAAGUAAGUUAUCAUUGUGAGUUAAAGGAUGAUUAUUAUCAUAUGUUGUGCUUCCCCAUGGUUUUUUAGCUCCCAGUCGCACGUGUAGCUGGCUACACAAUUGCAAUUUCGGUUUUCUUUGUCCUUUGUUGGUCUCCUUAUUGGAUUGCAAUGUUAUAUCUGAAUUUAUACCGUUAUACGUGGAACGAGGACCAGGUUGAACAGAUCCAUGCAUCGGAAAGAUUCAUUUACAUAAUGUAUGGGAUCCAUGCUCUGCCCUAUGUAAACUCGGCUUCCAACUGGCUGUUGUAUGGUGAGCUUAAAAGAAAGAGAAAAUAAAAUGCCCUUAAAAAAGUUAAAAAGCUUUUUCAUUGUCUCAAAAUUGAGUUAAAGAACGCACAUUUGGCAAACUGGGUUAAGAAAACAAAGUAAAGUUGCCACAAUUCAAUUUGACAUAAACAGAAACACUGUAAACGUAUAAACUUUCACAGUAAAAUUCACAGUAAAAUGUUUGAUUGCAGGUCUCUUGAAUAGCCAAUUGAUGAGGCGUUCUAAUGAAUCCAAAAGACAGUGUUCCAGUUCUCAUCGUAUGUCAAGAGCCGUUUUCAAUCAACCCAAUCCAAUCUCUCAGCCGCUGACCACAAAAGUAGAUGAUACUACGCCCACAAAUGGAGCCGAAGAAAGCUCUCUCAUAUCACAUCGACCUCAGGAUGCGCUUCUUUAA